GCAAAUGGAUUGAGUGUUAUGUAACCUAACCUCAAACUGCCUGGAACUCUUGACAUUUUGCUUUCAAUUCGCUGAAGACGUACGAUCCCUUCUGUUGGUUCUUCAAAAACAGUCCGUAAAUUUUCAUCUAAAAAUGGCCGGCGGAGAUCACGUUGACGAAACUAAGCUAAAGGGAUUGUCCCGCUACUUCAAUGGCGAAACCAUCAAGGGACGAGCCAAUGUUGCGAAGGCCACCUACGCCGGUCUCGGACUACUAAUCCUGUACUUUUCCCUGAAACCGUCGAAGAAGUGAAUGAUGUAGUCCAACUUUGUUAGGAUAAGGAUAAAGUACAUCUUGUCGCUUUAGAGUCGGGAAACAGUGAAAAAUAUAUAUUAUGCAACAGCGCUAAAAGUCGA